UGUAUUAGACUGAAAGUGCGCAGUUAGUUAUUCUGUCACGACUCAGCCCAAGAAACACUGUAACGUGCCUUUUAAUGGCGUCUCCGUUGAAAAACCUGUGAAGUUUAAAUCUACGCAUUCCCCUUCAACUUUCACAUCUAUAAAUUUUUUUGCUUUUUCUCGUCAUUUUCGUGAUUGCCCACAGGCAUUCUCGUCAUUAGGGUUUAAAAUUUUUCUUGUCCCGAUUAUAAAUUUGAAUGCUUUGAUACGGUCUUGAUCUUGACUUGAAUUAGGAUUGCAUUUUGAGGGAUUUCAUCUUCCAGGAGGAGAUUCAGUUUACACAGAUAACCUCAAUUCCAAGGAGGAAAACAGAAUGAAGGCAGGAUCUGGUAAAGGGAGAAAAGUGUGCCUGAUAGUGACAGGUGUUGUUAUUGCACUUGUACUGGUAAUUGUGAUACUAGCUUUGACUGUUUUCAAAGCCAAGCAUCCUACUACCGUUGUGGACUCAACGAAGCUGGAGGAUUUUCACAUGAGUUUGGAUAUAGCAAGGCUAAGGGUAGAUUUGAAUGUGACUUUGAGCACGGAUGUCUCGGUGAAGAACCCAAACAAGGUUGGAUUCAAGUACUCAGAUAGCACCGCUCACCUCAAUUACAGAGGACAGCUGAUAGGUGAAGUCCCUAUCCCUGCUGGAGAGAUUUCGUCUGGUGAGACCAAAGGAUUCAACCUCACCCUCACCAUUAUGGCCGACCGUUUGCUCUCCAAUUCCCAACUUUUCACUGAUGUCACAUCUGGUACAUUGCCCCUAAAUACUUUUGUGAGGAUUUCCGGCAAAGUCAACAUCUUAGGGUUUAUCAAAGUCCAUGUUGUUUCCUCCACGUCUUGUGAUAUUGCAAUUAAUCUUUCUAAUAGAACAGUUGGGAACCAAGAGUGCCAAUACAGAACAAAACUUUGAUUAACAGUUUUUAAUUUAGGAGUGAAACUAUAUUCUAGAUAAGUAGACCGUGUUUAUUGCUUAAUGUUCAUAUUUCACUUUGUUUUAUUCGUAAUUGUGGUUGUUCCUACUCGCCCCUUUCCCGCUCAAGCUACUUCUGGGAAUUUAUUUGGUAUUAAUUUUCCUAUUUUGGUUA